CAUAUAUAUAGUAGUAAUAUAGAUAGAGAGCUACAACAUAUACAAAACAAAUUUAACUAUGGAAUCGUUCAAGUGUUUAGCAGCCCUUCUCGGUGUUGUGUUUCUAGCCAUGACUGUUAUAGAAACCGGAACAGUGGUGGUUCAAGCCCAAGAAUGUGGAAACGAUCUAGCAAAUGUGCAGGUGUGUGCGGCGAUGGUGCUGCCCGGUUCAGGCAGCCCGAGUUCCGAGUGUUGUGCCGCCCUUCAAUCUACUAACAAAGAUUGUCUAUGCAACGCUCUCCGUGCAGCCACCUCUCUUCCUUCGCUUUGUAACCUUCCUGCUAUCAAUUGCGGUAUAAAUGCUUAGUUGAGCUAAGAGCUAAGUAAUCAGUUCCGACCUAGAUGGAUCCAGGAAAAUGGAAGAAAAAAAGAAUAAUGAGAAAAUUAAAUACUACUCCUGCCUUUAUGUUUUGUCUAUCUUCUGCCUUUUAUUCCUUGUAAUCUAGCUCUGGUCAUUCGCUUGGAAAUUCAGAUACAACCGUAAUAAAUAAAGCUUUGCUAA